CCUGAGCUUGAAUCAGGGGCAGAUUUGAAAAAAAUAAUAUGGUGCUCAUCCAGUCUCCUUAGAAGGUUUGUGCAUAUGUCUGACUGGCAGUAGUAUCCUUGAUCCCUCAAGGGAUUCUUGGCAGUCAGACAGAGUUGAGAGAUCACGCAUCGUUCCCACAGCAAGUUUCCUCUCCAAACUGAAGUGUGGGUCUGGGGUUGGAGAUUGACAAACUGAUGGAAGGAGGGGGAGGGGGCAAAAGAGAAGAGGAAGAGAAAAGGUGAUAGGAGAGGAACAGCUGUAGUUGAUACAGCUCUGUUGGAUUCUGAAAUUUGCCACAAGAAUCUGGGAUCAAAGAAGACUCCGAACUUUAGCAGUGCUGCAGAAAGAGAUACAUAAAUAGAGCACUCUUUUUAUUUCCGUGAAUGACCACCAAAUGAGCUGCCUGGAAUUCUGGGGGCUGCGGGGAUGGCGAAUCCCUUUGGCGAGGACCUGGAGGUAGGAGCUGGCCGUUGUGCUGAACUGAAGGGCUCGCUGGGGGAAACGUCGUCGUCUGCGUCCUCUUGCCUGGCGGCCUGCCUCCCAUUGCCCGGGCUACCCCAGAGCUAAGCAGUUAUAAAGAGGAAGCAUGGAGCUCAGAAGGGGAAAGACUUUCAUCAAGUCCAGUUUGCAGAUUUCCCAUGAGAAACCAACAGUGGCAGAGGCUGCCCUCCGGGGUAAGGAAACUGGGCCCUUCAGGCCAAAUCCAACAGGAACUGAUGGAACAUCCUUAGAAGAGGAGAGUCAGAAAGUAGGUCUGGCUUCUCAUAAACAUUACAGAUUCUCCAACAAGGUGACACGUUUGGCACCUGAUGAAGACUUGGGGGCUUCUUGUGGGUCUUCUUACAAACUGGUGCGGAAGAGCAAGACUCAUGAUUGUGUGAUGGGGGCAGAGAAGCCUGUAGGGAGGCUGGUCAACAGUAUUAGCUUUUCUGGUCUGGGAAGUCACCUGGGAGCCCAUAGUAGGAAAGCUCCAGUGGCCAGUCCUAGCCCAUCCAGUUGCAGUGGUCAGCAAAUGAUUGAUUAUCGUCACUUUGUGCCCCAAAUGCCCUUUGUGCCAGCUGUGGCUAAGAGCAUUCCCAGGAAGAGGAUUUCUCUGAAGAGAUCUAAGAAGGGGUUCCGGGACAUAUUCCAUAUUAAGAAGAACAAGUCAGAGAAUCUAGCUAUGCUGUUGGGGAAAGGCAAAAACCUGCCAUCUCCAGAAGGUGAGAGUGAAAUGUCUGGAAGGCUAGGCAAACCUGGGGAGACAUUGGCUGCUGAUAGCUUGGCUCAGGACUUGUCUGACAGUGAGAUACAGUCUGACUCCUCUUAUGACUACUGUGGGGCCUUGUGUGAAGAUGUGGCUUCCCUUAAGAGCUUUGACUCUCUGACUGGCUGUGGGGAGAUUUUUGCUGAUGAGGUAUCAGCUUCACUGGAGCUGGAGGGCAGCCAGGAGAUUCUGACCCGGAGGCCAAGAGCCAGAGAGAACACAUCUGCUAUGGGCUCUUUCCAGGGUGGGAUAGAACAGCUGGCCUCACCAGCUCAGAAUGAGGCCACUGACUUUGCCAAGUUCUGGGACAAUAUCAACUGGUCCGUGAGGCGACACCAAAGUGCGUUGUUUGAUCACAAGCCAGAGGGCUCCAAACCUAGUGAUGCUGGAAAGCCCAAAUAUGAACCAGUCAUGCUGGCUGAUCUUCCAUUAUCUCCUGGUGGUGACCCUGACAGCUCCAAAAAUAGCUCCAUUGACACUGGAACCCCAAAGAGUGAGCAUCAGGAAUCCACCUCCACCAGCGAUGAAGGUUAUUAUGAUUCUUUUUCCCCAGGCCUAGAGGAUGAUGGAAAGGAGGCCCAAAGCCCAGGAGUGCCCAGUGGCCGAUUUCCUCGGGAUAGCUAUAGUGGUGAUGCCCUUUAUGAGCUCUUCUAUGACCCCAGUGAAGCCAAAAUCAGCCCCAUCCUGGAUGACGACCUGUGUGUAUCAGAGAAUCUCUCUGAGCAGGCAGUGGAAAUUCCCCUGUCCAUCUACAGUUUCCAUGUAGGAGCUGAGGAGAACUUGGCUCCUCAGCCAACUCUGGACAUCAUCAGCCAGAGUUUCCUGCACAGCACUUGGAAGGGGAAAGAGUGCCUCUUGAAGUUGUGUGACACAGAGCUCUCCCUCACUAUGGGCAUUAUCAACUGGCUCCGCAGGAACCCUGAACUUGUUUCCCCCUCGGAUCAGGCCCAGACCCUGUCAUCUCCAAUAAAGGAAAGUGGGGACCCUCUUGCCUGCUUGGGCCUCCCAUUAGGCCAAGAAACAGGGGAAACUACGAUUCCUGUGGGGUCCAGGAAUGAGGACUCAAGUGAGAAGGAAAGCAACAAGCCAGAACUCCUGUGUCACUCAGAAGGAGUGACCAACAGGAGUCAUUCUAACCAUGGAAAACAUAGAGAAGCACCUCAAAGAGAAGAUAGUUCUCCUGGGCCCCCAGAUGAGGGAUAUAAAUGUGCCUCAGAUGGGGGAAGAUCCUGGAUGGCUAUGAUGCCUCAUCCAGCAGCUGGUGGAUGGCAGAUGUACAUGCCUGAGAAGGAAAUGGUUUCCCAUGAGAGGGGGACACUAGGGGAGUCCCCUUCGGCCACUGGAGAGUCAUCAAAAGAGCUUCCUCCUCAUCCCUCACAGCUAUCCACAGAAAAAGGAAAAGGUCAGUCUUCAUCAGAGCCUUCCUCUCUGCCAAUAGAGAUGGAAGAAGUCACUCUGACAGAUGCCUUGGAUGAACACAGAGUCCUGAGUCCCUCUCUCUGUCCCAGCACCAAUGAAAAACCAAGUCAACCCUUGAACCUAAGAUGCUUCCGAAGCCAGUCCAGCCCUGGCCUUAAGAGAGGUGAACCUGACAUUGUGCCAGUUUUGGAGAGCUGCAUGGCGCAGGUGGCAUCCUUGAAGAUUAGCUAUGAAAACAAACCUCUAGCUGAGUGGUGCCUCAGGAAGGAAGAGGGCAGUACUCUGUGUAAGAGACAGAAGGUCGGGAGCCACUGUGUCUUGCUACAAAAUGAAUGCAAUCGCAACCCUCCCAACUCUGGAUAUCCCUUUCUUUCUCCAACUGGGAAGCUUCAAGAAGUGGGCCACUGUGUGCCCACAAGCCCCAACCAGGGACCAGGUCCCUGGCAUAGUCAGAAAAGCCAGACGAGUUUCUUGAACCGCACGAGUCAAGUCUCAUCAAAUAAGAUCAACUUUGAAUAUGCCCAACUGAAUGGUCAAGCCCUUUCCUACAUCCAGGACCUUCACCUCCAGCUCAGCCCUGGAGACCCUUCUGUUGCCACACAGGAGGUCCAGCCAAAAUUUAUACCUCUCUUUGCCUCCAGUGACUCAGUUGGGCCAGGAGCCUUCCCUCAGGCUUCUUGCGCGGGUAGCAGCUCUCCACAAAACCUGUGCCCAUGUUCCGAUAUAAAGAUACCUGGUCCUACCUCUGGGAGCCCCCUGGAAUGCCACCACAAUCUUCUGAGCCGUGUUGGGGCCCUCCCCUGUCAUGCCGAGGUGAUGGCUGCCAGCCCGGCCAUGGCUGAGACCAACCUGUGAGAGCCUCUCUAGUGGAAGGAGGAGCAGCAUCAAGGAAUUGGCAUGGAAGUCAUCCUGACUCCUCAGCUGGAGCCCUGCCCAAGACUGUCAUGCCUACCCUAGCGUGGAUCCAACAUCCAAAGCAACAAAUCUUCUUUUCCUAGCCACGAGGAAGCAGAAUAUUCUUUUGUGAAUUCAGAUUCUGUUGCCACCCCUGGAGAAAUGGGCCCAGGGUCAUUAGAUCAGAUCUUCUCAAAAUCUGUGCAUUUGUGAGACUGGAUUAACUCAUGGACCAGAUUUGGAAAUUGACUGGCAUCAGUGGAGGUUUUGCAGUCAGCUGUCCUAUUUGGGAAUCAGCUAUCCUCCAGUUUGGUUAUAUUUCAAACUCACAGUCAUAUAAAAGUGUCAUUUUAUGUUGAAAAUUAUAAGUAUCAGGCAGGUAAGCACUGGUGUUUUUAAUGGACAUGUCAGCCAAUCUUUUGAUUUUUUUGUUGGAUUCUGUAUACUUUCUAUAUUUCCACUGAAAGUCCACCUGUGACUUGUCUGAAACUGAAUGAUAAAAUAGCAUUUUGAUAACAGCACUUUUAUGGUUUGAUUUUAUAAUAGAUACAGUAUUUAUAUGUUGACAUCUCCUGAUCCCUGUCUCCCCCCCUCCCCCAAAUGUGUUGUGGAAAGAAGAUUCAUUAAAACAUAAAAACAAAAACAAAGUAGUUUUUACCAGCAACUUGGGGAGAAAAGCAUCUACCUUGUUUUCAUUUACAGGGCAAAACACAUAACAAAGGAAGAAAAAUCUAAGGACAACUGUUCAGAUUUCUUUAUUGUUUACAGAUUUGCUUGCUUCAAAUAUUGCUUGGAAUAUUCAAGUUGUAGGCAAAGACUUAUAAAUCUGUGACAAUUGGAAUCCUACCUGUUUGGGCCAUAAAAUCACUGAUCAGUGACCACUGUUGUUAAUUGAGGGCAGCUUACCUAAAUCGUAUGUAUAGUGCCUAGGAGGAAAUAGCCUCUGAAAUGCAAGUCUUGCAUAUUCAAACCUAUAACAGUGGCAAGUCAUCAGUUAUUCAUAAAUUUUUGUCAUCAUAGAAUUUUAUCUGGGAUAGUAGCCAAGGCUUGCAACAUUGACAUCCAAUACAAUUUCUGAGUAUCUAUGAUAAAUAUAGGGUGGUGGAGUCAAGAGGAGUAUUGGUCUUAACUAUUGCUGGGGCAUAUCUCCUCCUUCAAUUUCUCUUCUCUCUUCCCCACUCAAGAAAACUCAACACUCUGAAACUGAUCUCAUCCAGGUAGAUAUCUGACUAAAGCAACUGACACUAAGAAGUCAGUCAGUCAGUCAGUCAACAAGCAUUUAUUAAGCAUUUAAUAUUAUGAUAAAUUCAGGGACUUUAAAGAAAGAUAGAAACAAUGAAUGAAUAUGUUUAGCACUUGUCAAAGUCUGAAUGCUUCCAAAAUGUAAGCUCUAGCUUAUGAGCCUAAAUGAAUUUCCUGUGUGUGUGUGUGUGUGUAUGCAUGAGAUUUCUUUUUAGUCCAGCAUAGACAAAGGGGAGAAGGAUCUUAUGUUCCUUGCUCAACUUCCCUAUCCUUCAAACAAGGCUAUUUUAAAAUGAGAGAGUUGGACAAGAGAAUAUCUAAGGUUACUUUCAGCUAUAUGCCCAUUAUCCUAUCAUACUUUGUAAGAAAUUCUAGGAAGGACAAAAUUUCAAAACAAAUAAAAUACUUGGGAGUGAGGUGGAGUGGAGAGUAUGAAUUGGUGAGAAAAAUAUUAUAGUUGUAUAAUAGAUAAAAUCCAGGAAUUGAGAAGAGGAUCUGUACUCUGAGUGACUUUUGGUCUCUGGGUGCUCCUCUAGGUCUAGGAUGUUUGUCAGAAAUUCAAUUUUGUAGAACAUUGAUCAGAGUGAUCUUUUCUCCCAGUCCUAUGUGAAGGAAUUUUCCAUUACCCUGCUGAUGAUUAGGGCUCAACGUAAAGAGACUUCAGAGGGUCAGUUUGACCAACACUCGAAAUAAAAAUGGUUCUGGAGUGGCCUGAGCUGGGUGAAUGAUGUCAUGGCCUCACAACAUACCUUGAAUAGCCCUUCAUUUUCUAUACUUUAGUCCUUGAAGAUGGUUCCUAAGCUCACGGGCAGUUUUAAAAGUGUGUAAUUUGUAUACAAGAACUUGAGACCACUCUAUUCAGCAGAGCCUGUUAUAAGAUUCUUUUAUUUACCAUAGCAAAUCCAACAAACUUUGGCCCUCCUGGUAUUAUUAAUGGGUAGGUAGGGUAUGGUUAAACUAGAAAAAGUUGAAAUAACAACAAAAGAUAAAUGUAUUUCUUUCAUGAGCUUUGUGUCUUCCAAGGAAUAUGAUCUGAUUUUUCCCUUAGAUAAUAAUGAAAUGAUCAUAAUUAAGGAAACUGGGGCUAUAUUCUAACUGCUCAUCAAAAUAUGACCCCUUUUAUGUCUUGAUUUCACUGACUUGGAAGAUUCUGCCUAUAGUACUCCAAAUUCAGACUGGGAUGCAUUGAAUAUAGGCUUCUCUUGAAGAAAAAUACUGCUUUCUUCAAAAAAUGCCUUGAAAAAGUCUUGCUCUGGAGAGACUAGGGGCCAUUGGAACUGCUCAGGCCAGGGGAGCUCUUCUGUUAGCCUCCUUAUUCUGUCAGUUCUUUGGACACUCUUCAAGUCCCAGUGCAUUAAUGUUACUUAAGAAACAUGCAUAGGAGGAAUGUAAAUGAGAAGUGUGUACAUACAGUUUCUUUGUGUCCCUUGAAGAAUUCAGUGGUUAUAUCAUUCUGUAUUAUGUCCCAACAGUGCACACCUAUUUGCAUGUAUAGAAGUAAAGACAUAGUAAGUACAGCUCAUUAAAUGAUCCUUUUUAUGAGUUACACACUGCCAGAACCUUUAGUUGUCUCCUACUUGAUCCCUGCAGGAACUGCAUGUCUACUGAUUCUGUAUCCAAUCUCGUAUUCACCCCCAGACAUGAUGGACAGAAAUGCAUGUUUCAGGAAUGCUGGGUAGUGUGAUGUGAUGCCAUUUAUAAUAGAAUUUCAUUAACAAGACAUCAGUAUCAAGUACCCUUGGGAAAUGGACAUGUUUUGCUUUUGCUCGCAAGUGGUUUUCAAAGCUGUGCGAUUAAAAAUAAGUGAUUUGUAGCUGCCAAGGUUCUUGGGCAAACGGAGAAUCAAGCACUCUCUUACUCAUUGAAAAGGCAGGGCAGUGUAGUGGACAGAGAAUGCUACAUCUGGUGUCAGAGGGCCCAGACUUCUGUUUUACACCUCCUAGUUUUGUGACUGUGGGGAAGAUGUUUGAUCUCUGACCUUAAUUUAUUCCUCUGUAAAAUAUGGAUAAUAAUAAUUUCCAUUUUGUAUAUCUCAGAAGUAUUGUGAAUAUCACACUACAUAAAAGUGAGUUAUUAUUUUCUCCCUUGGUUCUUUUCAUCAGAUUGUGAGGUGGUGUUUUCAAUGACAGUGAUAUUGGGGAGUGGACUAAUACCUAAUUUGAGGAUUAGCUGUGUUAUAGCAGGGCUUUUUCUGAACAUUUUUGGUAUAUUUCAAGAGUAAGGGGUUUUGUAGGAGGAAAAAAGGGGAUGAAAGGGAAGGAAGGCUAGGUGAAUUGGAAUCUGAUUUAGUGUGGUACAUACCUUCUCAUCUCCACCCAAUAAAACUCAAUUUCUCUUAGAGGUGGGUGUAGGAUUAAAUUAAUCAGCGCUAAAUGGAGAAGAAAUAAUCUCUAGACUUAACCUUCACUGCCAUAGUGCCCCCAAAACAUGAACUUGAAAUUGUACUCUCAAAUGAAUAGCCACAUGGUAGAAUAUAUUUGGCAAGACAGUGAGGGUGGUGGUUGUGAGGAUUCUGAUGUUCCUUGUUUAGCCUCCCUGUAUCAUAAAUGAGCCCAGGAAGAAAGCCAAUACAUUGAAUUAGCAUUGUUUUACACAUACGACUCUUGUACUCUUUGCAGCCACCAUUUCGGCAAGAGAUUUCAGGAAGAGAAGAGACUCAGUAAAAAUGAAAUCUUCCAUUGCUGGGAAAUAUUUUUUUGUGGGUGUAGUUAGUCUAUUUCAGGGGUUUGUUGUCCCUAUCUAAUACAUUUAUCAUAUAUGAUAUUUAUCUACCUGUGUAUGUAUUUAAUUACUCUAUUGGACUAUAAAGUCCAUGAAGAAUUGUUGAAUUGAGUUGAUUUCUUCUCUAUUAUAUCCAAAGCUGGGUAAUAAAGACUCAAGUCAUUCAUAAGGAUUUCCUCUGCAUUAUACUCUUAGUUGCUCAGGACUUAAAAAUGAAAAUGAAAAUUUAAUAAUGAUGAUGACUACAAAGAUGGUAAUAUCCCCCCUUUUAAUUGGCCCAUUGGGGUUUAUAAAACCCUUUCCCUCAUCCUGUGAGGCAGGAUGUGAUUCUGUGGUAUUUAGAAAAUCCCAAAUUAUUCUUUCUUCAGAUGCAGUUAAUUUAUUCCUUCAUUUAAUAUUUAUUGAACUAAAGAUGCCCAGGACUCUAUUCUUGGUACAAGAGGAGAUACAAAGAUAUAUAAAGACCCUUUCUACUCCCCCCAGGGAAUUGAUAGCCUAGUGGUUAUUUUUUUCAUGUGGGGCUUUUGACUCAAGAAGGAUGGGGCAAUGUGGGAGAGUAGAAAGAACAUGUGACUUAGAGUAAGAAGAUUUUGAUCAAUCCUAGCUCAGUCACUUAUUAGCUAAGAGAUCUUGAAUAAGUUAUUGCACGGAAUCACCAAAGUGGAAAGUAUCUCAUUUUAUAAACAUAAGUUAUUAUUAACCCCUUGUGUUUUAAUUGAUGAAUGAUAUGGAAGGCUUUAAAAAAUGAUCUGAUGUUGGUGAUAGGGAUUAUAUCUGCUAUGUAGAUUAACUAUGCUGUCAUUGUUUUUUUUUCUGAGUAGGUGGUACAUUAAAAGGGCAAGGUGCUUUGUAGGAGAAUCAAGUGUCACAAGAGUGACUAUGAUUUAGUUCAAUCUAUAACAGAGAAAGAUCUAUGGCCAUAGAUCCUUUGUUUAAAAGUAUUCAGUGAGGGAUAACUCAAAACUUUCCAAGGCCUUCCACAUUUGGACAGCUCUAACUAAUAGGGUUCCCCCCCUUCACCUCUCUGGGCCUCAGUUCCUCAUUUGUAAAAUAAAGAUGAUUGGUCUAGAUAAGUCCUCCCCAACCCUAAUAAUGUAUGAUUCUGUAAUGACGGACAUUAUUCAUUGUAUUUAUGUUGUAAUUUAAAGCAAUAUUGUAUCCAUUGAAAGUCCUAAAAAAAUUACAUUGUAGAGACACUCUAUAAAGCAUUUGAAUCAACCAGCAAUAAAGAAAAACAGUUUCACUAAAUAUUGUUUUUGAAGGAAAAAAAUAAAUGCAGCCUUAUGUUGA